UUCAGAGAGAAACUAUUAAUCUGACUGCUUUAGUUACUAGUCACUUUACAAAUUAAGAUUUUUGCACAAAACAUAUGUAGUUUAUAAAAUACAAUGUUUUAAUGUAACAAUAUACGGCCUACUGUACACGUCCAGCUGAAAUGAUUCAACGGUCAAACAAAGAACUGAUUUGAUUGUUUCCAGUUUCUAAAAUGUGAGGACCUUUCUGCAUUGAGUACUUUGACUUUUAAUACUUUAAGUACAUUUUCCUAAUGUGACUUAAAUACUGUUACUUAAGUAACAUCCAAUGUUUACAGUGUGGAAAUAGUACCAACCCAUCAUCCUGCAAGUACCUCUAGUUUCCCCAUGUCAGGUGCUUGACCAACAGAGACAUGUCCAAUGACAGCUGCCACCUCCCGUUGGACACGGACACAUUUGGCCUGACCUGUAUCUAUGGCCUGAUCUUCUCUUUGGGUCUCCCCAGCAACCUGCUGUCUCUCUGGGGACUGUACCACCUGGGUCGCUCCGGUGGAGGAGGCUGCCAGCUGGUCUACAUCCUCAACCUGCUGCUGUCAGACCUCCUCCAGCUGCUCACUCUGCCACUGUGGAUACUUUAUCUCCAAGGUGGCCACCGCUGGCCCUACGGACAGCUAACCUGCGAGCUGGUGGGCUACGUGUUUUACGUAAACGUCUACGCCAGCGUCAUGUUCCUGUGCCUGAUAGCGCUGGACCGCUGCCUGGCCAUCGUGUACCCGCUGAGCAGCCGCAGCGUGCGGACUGUCAGGGUGGCAGCAGUGUCCGGCGUGGCCGUUUGGACCCUGACCUUCCUGUUCUGCCUGAGCGGGCUGCUACCGUCUGUGUUUGACUCGGACAGACUGCUGUGUCUGGAGCAGUACCCCGUCAGCCCCAGAUAUGCCCACUUCAAGAUCACCACCGUGGCCCUGGGCUUCCUUCUGCCAUGUUCCAUACUCGGCUACACCUCAGCCCACAUUGGAGUGACACUCCGGCGAUCUCCUUCCCUCUCCGACCACGAGCGGCACAAAAUCGUAGGCAUACUAGUCGUGAUCACCGUCAAUUUCAUCGUUGUGUUCGGACCCUACCACCUCGUGGGCGGAUACAGAUUUGUGUCCUUGCUGCUGACUAAUGAGCCCUGUGGAUUUGAGCGUUCCAUUUUCCUCAUCUAUCGCCUGUGCUACGGCCUGACCAGCCUCAACACCCUGCUGGAUCCCCUCUUCUACAUCUUCCUGUGCCCUGAUGCCCGGCUAGAGCUGCAAAGAUCUCUGCCCUGUUUGGGAAGGGGGCAAAAUACCAGCAAAAAGAUCGCCCUCAGUUUCAGAGCUCACCCAGACAACAAGAGGGAGAGUGAAACAGGACAUAAUAAUCUAGCAAUAUAACUUGGAUUUGACCACAGAGCGGACUCCUUGGAUUUAGUCAAAGCAAUUGUGCCACCCAGUGGAAAUGCACGUUCCAGUUUCAACUCUCAGUGAAUACAUGAAUUGAAAGCUGAUACAGUUGCACUUGUUGAUCUAAAUACAGUUUUAGUAGGACGAAAAUAAAAACAUUUGUAUGCAGCACACAGAUCUGAAAGAGCAAAGACUCGAAAGUGCUGCUUACAUAAACUCAACACUUAAUUUAGUAGAAAUAUAUCAAAAACCCCACUCUUUUGUGAUAACCAUAUCCAUACCUUGAAAGGAGACAUAUACAUCUGAUUCACCCAUUUACUAGAUUUGUUUUUCGAACAGUGUAUGGAAAUGAACCAACGUUUUUUUUUACUGCAAUGUUUACAACAAUUAAAAAAAAAAUCAGCUUAA